ACAGAGGGGUGUGAAGGGUUGUGUUAACGCCAGUUGUAAGUGUGGUGGGCAACACACACGCCUGCACAACCUGCCGUCCUCUCACCAGCAGGAGCAAGAAGGAGAGUCGGCGGCGGUGCCGGAGCGUGUGAAGCCGCUGGUGGAGGAGCUGGUGGAGGAGCUCCCGUGUGCCCGCGCUCGUCUCCGGAUCGCGGGGUGUCCAUGUGACCUGGCUUCCGUUGCUUUCUGUCCGCUUCCGCGAAUGCUGCAGAGACGUUGCUGACGGUCCGAGGAGGCUGCUGCUCCUGCUGCUGCUCCUCCUGCUGCUCCUGCUGCACGGCGGGGCCGAACGGCGACAUGGUCGGACCAUCACCCCUCAGUGGCCUGGGAGACCCGCACCUCACCACCAGCUAAGGAUGUUAAAAUGCCAGUCCACACGCUCUUCCCUGCCUUCGUCCGCCUGUUCGCAGCAUGGACGGUCAUGAUACCAGUAUCAAGCCAUCCGCAACACAACCAGUGCCGACUGAUACUAAAAACAGGGCUCUGCAAUAAUGCCAAGCUAUCAUCUGUGCCUUUGGGUCUCCCCUCCAACAUCGAGGAGCUUCAGCUCAACCACAAUCACAUUCAAACACUACUGGACAAUUCUUUCACCCAAUACCCUUCCAUAAUCUCCGUCGGCUUAGCUGGCAACCAUAUGGAGAAAUUAGAGCAAAACACUUUUCAAGAUUCACAGCAGAUAGAAAAUCUAAAUUUAGCAGAAAACUGUCUUCACAUCGGAUACCAAGAGACCAGCCAUGCAUUGUCGAAGCUGCCAGUUCUGCGAGUCCUCGAUCUCUCUGAGAAUCAACUUGAGGAUGACAUGGCCUCUGUUCUCCUCCAGAACCUGACAUCACUGGAGUAUCUCAACCUCUCCAGAAACCUCCUGCUGAGACUGGAUGAGAGCUCAUUCAGCAGUCUCCACAAGCUCAGAGAGCUGGACCUGCAGAGGAACAGGCUGUUCGAGAUUGACAAAGCCUUUGAAGGCACUCCCAAGCUCGAGAGACUCAACUUGGCCUUCAACUAUCUGCCUUGCCUGAUUGAUUUCCACAUGACCCAGCUGGUGGUCUUGAAUGUCAGCCACAAUUCUAUCGAAUGGUUUGUCGCCCGGCAAGACCUCCUCGACACUUUCCAUCUGGAGACACUGGAUCUGACGGACAACAAUCUGCUCUUCUUCCCUUUUUUGCCCAGCAAGAGUCGCCUGCAGAACCUGUACCUGUCCCACAACAGCAUAAGCUUCUACGAACAUCUGGCAGAAGACCCCACCCUCCAAAACUGGACCAUAAGUGUUCAGUUCUUCAACCUAAACAGCAACGUGAGCAACGUGACAGUGUCGUUGUGGGAUGAGAGUCUACACGGUGACAUCUCCUCUCUGGAAAUUCUGGACCUGAGGGGGAACCAGGUGGGAUACUUCCCCAAAGGAUUUGUCAGAAAAAUGCCUGCUCUGUCCAGGCUUCACAUGUGCACCAACUGUCUGGAAGCCUUAAAUCUAAAUUCAGAGCAGUUCUCAAGCAGCCUGUUGGAGUUGGACGUCAGCAACAACAGACUGAGCAAGAUUGUGGCUGAUCAAAGUGCGCUGGCGGCCCUUGGCAAUCUCUCUUACUUUAACCUGAGCCUGAAUAAUGUGGAAAGGUUACCCUACCAAUUAUUUUCCUCUCUACCAAACCUCAGGUCAGUAGAUCUCAGCUACAACAGCAUUGGCAUUUGCCCAUCUGAAGUAGCUGAGAAAGUUGGAGAUAGUAUGUCUGACUGUUUGGUCUGGAGUCAUUUGGACUCUCUAAGAAAGCUCAACCUUAAAGGAUGUCAGCUAAGAAGAGUCCCACCAUCUGCAUUUACAGGGAUGCUGCUGACACACUUGGACCUUUCGGACAACCCUGGACUCCUUGUCGAGCCUGGAUCCAUACAGGAUCUAAGCAGGACGUUGCAGCAUCUGGGCUUAGGAAAUACUGGCAUACGAGCCUUUGACUUUUCCUCUUUGACGAGGCUGAGGUCUUUGAAUAUCUCCAGAAACUCCCUCACCCACAUCCCCUCCUCGCUCCCAAAUCUUGAGCUUCAAACACUGGACCUGAGGGACAACAAACUGUCCACUAUACCCUCAGGUCAGGCGAAUGCGCUAGCCCGAAACCUGCGGACGGUUUUCCUCUCUGGAAACGUGUUCAAUUGCUGUCAGACAGAAUGGUACAGGACGUUUGAACUAACCAAGACGGUCAAUAUGGUCGACCGGUCGGCCAUUUCGUGUCAAGAUCUCACCAGAAGAACGCACCAAGUGGAUUUUUUCCAGUCGUUUUUAUGUGGGGACAUGAAGGGAGAGUCCAUUUUCUGGUACAUUCUACUUUUGCUAUCUAUCUGUCUGUGCUUUUUUUGCCUUCUGGUCAUUGUUCUCCUGAAAUUUAGGCCAAAACUGCUGCAAACAACCAUUCCAAAGAAGUGCUUGAAGCCCACAUCUUACUGAUGGUAUGUUUAUAAAGAAAUCCUCCAGCAGAUAUUUUUGGUGCGGCGUAUUUUUGGAGAAAUGUGAAUAGUUUUUCAGUUGUAAAUACAAAAAAGAAAUACAUUAAAAUUCUGAA